AUGGAUGACUACGACUACAUUAUCAUCGGCGCAGGAAUCAGCGGUCUUGUUUUGGCAAAUCGUCUGAGCCGGGAUGCCUCCAUCAAUGUCCUCCUCAUUGAAGCUGGCGCCAAUCGGAUGGGUGACCCUCGUAUCGAUACCCCUGGAUUUUUGGCCACAAUGUAUGGCAACCCGGACUUUGAUUGGGAUUACAUGAGUGUUCCUCAGAUUCAUGCAAAGAACCGACAAAUCGGCCAACCUCGCGGUCGCGUUGUCGGCGGCUCUUCCGCAUUGAAUUUCUCCGCGGUUGUGUACCCCACUGUGUCAGAUUUUGACGGUUGGAAGGCACUGGGAAAUGAUGGCUGGGGUGCCAAGGAUAUGGCCCGCUAUCUUCGUAAAUUCCACACAUAUUCCGCACCCAGCGAGGCCACAGCGGAACUACUCGGCACAAGUCGGUACAUGAAAGUUGAUAACCAAGGAUCUUCUGGUCCUCUCCCCGUAUCUCUACCUGAUGUAUAUGGGCCGUUCAACAAAGCUUGGAACAAAACUUUUGCCAAUUUAGGCUGGGAAAGUGAUGCCGAUCCCCUCGAUGGCCGGAAGUUGGGCGCGUUUACUUGCCCAUUGAGCGUCGAUGCCAAGACGGGAACAAGAGGGUAUGCAGCAGCAUACUAUUCCCCCGACGUUGCGGCGCGGUCAAACUUGCGACUUCUUACAGAGACAGUAGUCGAGCGAAUUCUCUUCAAACAAGAAGACGGAGAUGUCAUUGCCACAGGUGUACAGGUCAAGUCUCAAGGCAACGCAGACUCGUACCAGAUCACCGCAAAGAAAGAAGUCGUCCUCUGCGCAGGCAGCUUGAACUCCCCCCAAUUACUCGAGCUCUCGGGCAUUGGUGGUGCAGAUCUUCUCCAGGCCCACGGAAUCCCGGUAAUCGUCGACAACCCCGCUGUAGGCGAGAACCUCCAAGACCAUGCUAUCACGAGCAUCAACUUCGAGGUUGCCGAUGGCCAGGUCUCCGGUGAUAUUCUACGCGACCCAAACGUCGUCCAGGCCCUCAUCAAGCUCUACGAGGAGACACGUGGUGGCCCACUGGCUGGCAUGCCCCUCAGCAUGGCCUAUCUCCCUUUAAUGGAUGGAACUGGUGCCGUGCCAAAAGAAGAAAUCGACACCCUCAUCUCCAAAUAUCUCGACGACGAUAACACCCCAGCUAACCUGAAAGCGCAAUAUUCUCUUCUCCAUAAGAUGCUCCUCCAAAGUGACGACCCUUCCUCGCACUACCUCUUCCUUCCUGCCCAACUCCACAUGAACCCAGGAAAGACAACCCUCACUGACGUUCUGGCCAAAACUCUCCCGGAGAAUUACAUUUCCAUCAUGGUGCUGCACAACCACCCCUUUUCGCGCGGCUCGGUCCACAUCUCCUCCGGAAAGAUUGAAGACAAGCCCACUUACGACCCAAAUCUACUUUCGCACCCGCUCGAUCUAGAGAUCAUGGCCCGGCAGCUUCAAUUCGUGGGCCGCAUUGCCGAGACUGCGCCGUUCUCCGCUCUUCUCAAGAGCGGAAAACGCAUGCCUGAAAAUACAACCGAUUUGAGUGACCUGGACCAUGUGAAGGAUGUUGUCAAGGAUCGAUUGUAUACGUGUUUCCACCCGGCGGGUUCGUGUGCUAUGCUGCCGAGAGAGAAUGGGGGUGUUGUUGAUUCUGAGCUGAAGGUUUACGGGACGAAGAAUUUGAGGGUUGUUGAUGCAAGUAUUUUCCCGCUUGAGCCUAGUGGCAAUAUCCAGGCUACUGUUUAUGCAGUUGCUGAGCGGGCGUCAACCUUGAUGAAGGAGAGUGUUUGA